UGAUCACUGGCUUUGCCUUUUUCCGCAUAGGUGUCUAAGGCCAAGAAAAAACAUCUAAUUUUUUUGACACGUGGUUAAACAAAGAUUUCACAGAGCGAAUGUGGCACUGAAGAUAGAAAUCAUGACAUCGUAUCCCAGGAAUCCAGAGGACAGUGAAACGACACCCAGGGAAAACAUUCCCGGCGUACCGGACUACGGGUGGCGGGUCAAGCUGGAUUAUGAAUGCAAGACGAAAUGUACCCCGUUUACAAAACCUCGUCUAAGUCAGAUACCGUCACUGGUCGGACUGUCACUAAGGUACAUGAAGGUAUGGGUGAAGACUCGUCGACAAGGGAGACGAAUGUUCAUCGACCAUCUUGAUCAAGUUGAACAUAAAUCCAUGUAUGGAUGCCCCCUGGGAGGAAUCGGAUGUGGCACCAUAGGACGAGGAUUCAGAGGAGAAUUCUGUCGUUUCCAAAUGUUACCUGGUCUGUAUGAGCACCACACUGUCCAAGCGAACCAGUUUAUCCUGUGUAUCCGUAAGAACGGUAAGACGGUGUACCAGAAGGUCCUGACUGGACGUAAAGGAAAGCACCUGAAGGCCUGGGAGUGGGGAUUUCCUGCCCAGAAUGCCACCUACCAUGCCCUCUACCCCCGGGCCUGGACCGUGUACGACAUUCCUGAGUACAAACUGCGCCUUGUCUGCCGUCAAAUUUCUCCGGUGUUUCCACAUGAUUAUAAGGAGACAAGCUUCCCUAUGGGAGUGUUUGCUUGGUCAGUGGAAAACAAUGGAUCAGAGCCUGUCGACAUCAGCAUAGUCUUCACCUUCAAAAACGGAACUGGCUCAAAGAAUGAUACGGCAGGCGAGUGUCAGAAUGAGGCCUUUGAAAGUGAUGCCGAGGGACGUCAAGUUUCAGGUGUCCUCAUCCAUCAUUCCCUACGCGACAUCAAGUGUACUUAUGGAAUAGCUGCUGCCAACAAGGAUGAUGUACAUGUGAGUCACAAGUUGCACUUUGACCCUAAGGGUAAUGGCCGCCUGCUUUGGGAUGAUUUGGCCGAAGAUGGACAACUUACCCCCACCCCAGAGAACCAGAGUAGGGGGAGGGAUAGCGUACCGAAGGCAGUGAUUUCUCUUUUCCUCCUUCUCCUGGUGCGUCUGGUUCGUGCGUUGGCCAACCUCAUCCUCCCCCCUGCUGGUCCAGAUAAGCCACAGAGGAAAGGACAAGAAACUGCUGCAGCUGUCUGCUCACAAACAACAGUGCCUCCUGGUGGCAAAAAGGAAAUGGACUUCACUCUUACAUGGGAUAUGCCUGUUGUUCACUUCAAAAACAAGGAGAAUCUCUUCGGAAGACGGUAUGGUCGCUGGUUUGGGUAUAAGAAGGAUGCUUGCCCUCGUAUGUGUAGCUACGCUUUAGAAAACUACCCGGCCUGGGAACAGAAGAUAGAGGCCUGGCAGAACCCCAUCCUACAAAAUAGCAAUCUGCCAGCUUGGUAUAAGUCUGCGUUAUUUAAUGAACUGUACUAUGUGAGUGAUGGAGGCACGAUCUGGGCCGACCCUCUCGAGAUGAAGAAUGGAGAACUGAGUAUCAACAGGGACACUGGUGAAGCCUCAGUCAUCCAGGAAUACAGCAAGUUCGCCUACUUGGAAGGUCAUGAGUACAGGAUGUACAACACGUAUGACGUCCACCACUACGCCUCCUUCUCACUCAUCAUGCUCUGGCCAAAGAUACAGCUCUCCCUUCAGUAUGACAUUGCUAAAGCUGUGAUGUCAGAGGAUGCCACACCUAUCCAGUUCUGUAUGGAAGGAAUGCGAGGAAUCAAGAAAAAGGGCAAAUCUGUACCACAUGAUAUUGGAGAUCCAGAGGAUGAGCCAUGGGCUUGUCUGAAUGCCUACAUUAUCCACCCAACAUGUGAGUGGAAAGAUCUCAACCUGAAGUUUGUCCUCCAAACUUACCGUGACUUCAGCGCGACCAAGGAUAAAGAUUACCUCGAGACCAUGUACCCUGUGGCAAAGACUGUGAUGGAGAUCGCCCAGAAAUGGGAUACAGAUGGGGAUGGCCUAAUAGAAAACAGUGGAUUUGCUGACCAAACAUUUGACGCCUGGUCAAUGACUGGAGCCAGUGCCUACUGUGGAGGGAUGUGGCUAGCUGCCCUCAGAAUGAUGAUAGAGAUGGGAAAAGUCCUUGGAAAUGAAGACGAUGUGAAGAAAUACACUGAAAUCCUCGACAAAGGCAAAGUCUCGUUUGAAGCCAAGGUCUGGAAUGGCAAGUACUACAAUUAUGACAGUAAUCCUAGCGGUGGACACCAUGACAGUAUCAUGUCCGACCAGUUGGCAGGCUACUGGUUCCUGAAGGCCUCUGGCCUGGCCGACGGUUCGAUAUUCCCAGACGACCAUGUAAAGAGUGCAUUAGAGACCGUGUACAAGUUCAACGUGAAGGGAUUUGGCAAAGGAAACAUGGGGGCCAUAAACGGAGCACGGCCUGAUGGCGGCCAGGACAUUACCAGCUGUCAGUCUGAGGAAUUCUGGGUCGGCGUCACUUACAGUCUGGGGGCCAGUAUGAUACAACAGGGGAUGAUAGACGAGGGAUUCCAGACGGCUUGGGGAGCCUACCAUGUUUGCUGGGAGUGGUAUGGCCUGGCGUUCCAAACACCUGAAGCCUACAUGAUGGACAAGCACUACCGAUCCCUCGGCUACAUGAGGCCACUGGCUAUCUGGUCAAUGCAGUGGGCACUCGAGAAAUUCCAGCCACAACUCCUGUCCAGUUGAUGACAAAGCAAUCUAGAUUGACCAAGGGUCAAAGUGAUGGAGUUCAAUCACUAACAAAUAUCAAAUAAUUGGUGGACAUUGGUCCAGUCACCUAAAUAAGGUUUUACGUUAUAUGUCUAAUAGUCCUGUGGUUUACAAAUUUCGUAAUUUACAAUAUUAUUAUCAAUACUGCAGUUAUACCUCACUUUUGAUUGUGUAAGAUUCUUUAAGGCAUUCUCGAGGGUUGUUACUGCUAACUGUUGUGAUUCCAUACAUAUAUCUCAAUAUUUGUGGGUUGAGGGGUUAAGGAGGGGGAAUUCUUCAUGACUGCACUCAAGCACCUACAAGUUGUACAUAUAGACUUUGUACCUAAUCCCUUCCCCCUCUCUCUGACUGACAUAUCUGAUAUACUAGAAUUAAUUGUGAUUAUUGUUAACAUUGUCUACAUAGAGUUUUAAUUAGGAUCAUUAAUACUGAGGUUAUAGAAAUAAAAACAUGUUCGUGAACACCUUGUUAUGGGGGGUCCAUUACAGAAAACGUUUUUAUGUUAUAUUGUGUCACAUUGUAGUGAUAUCUAUGUUAAAAAACAACAUUUUCUUAUCUAGAAUUUCUACAGAAACAGACAAUUAUGUUAAGACAGCAGUAGGUGUCGAGGCAUAAAAUCUGGAAUACUUCACCAUGCUUCAUAACUAUGACUUUGAUGACACCCCUCCUUGUAUUCAAAUGUUGAAAAACUAAAAUUUAAAGCUGAGAGUCUCACUGUGCUGAAUUUGUUCUUGUGCCUUGAAUGUUAUAGACACAACUUGUUUGUUUUGUUUCAUAUCAAAUAAUCUGCAAUACAUGUAUUUAAAUAAACAUGGAGUGAAAGAUGAAAACAAUCAAUGCAAAAUCACUUAAUAUGUAACUAUAACAGAAAUUAACCUUAUUGAUGUCUAAAUAUGUACAUGUACCAAAGUCAGAUGCGAUGCAAACAUACUAAUGAUUUGUCAGAUCUGUGUUGUACAAAUGUUUUACACCUAGAUAGAAACUGUUUACCUAAACAAGGAAAAUGUGCAAUGUAAAAUUAUAAAAGGCUGUUGAUGUGAGCUGUAAGCAUGUCUAGAAUUAGCGACAUUAAAAUUGUUAAGGAUGAAUUAUCCGUACUGGGAGUAGUGUUAACUGUGACGGAGCUCCAGAGAGCUUGUGUUGAUUGUUGACAUUGUAAACAGCAUUAGAUAAAGUUGGGGUUUUUUUUAUUAUUAUUUUGGUCAGAAUCAUGGUAUCAUGGUCAGUAUCUUGGUAUAAUAUGGAAAGCGAACAUAACCGGCCAUGUUGUUUUUUCCGGGAGGUCUUCAAGUUUCUUCCUACUCCAGACCACUUUCAGGAUAUAUAUAUAUAUAUAUAUGUACUCUUUUUCUUUCUACCUUAUAGCUUCUUUCUAUUAUUCUCUGCCACCAGCUACUUGUAAUGAGUGAAUAAAUUACCGUUACCCAGAUAUUUCAGCUUUCACUUUUGGCGGAGUGUAAGGUCUAAUAUAACUUAUAAUUUGACACCUUUAUGUUGACGUGACCUUCACAUCUAAGUCAGUUAAUUUGGUAUAAUCAAAAUUGAAUGUAUCCUUUUUUCAUAAAAGUAAAGAAAUCAACAAUUUUGAUUUUAAUUUAAUAUGCAUUUUACCUUCAGGUCAACUUUCAUACGACAUAUUAGAUUUUCAAACCAAAAUUGGAAAGUUGAGGGAGGCCUUAUUACCAAAUGAGAGCUUAAUUCCAAAAGACUUUAAAGUAAGGGUGUAUUGCCGUUCAGUACUGUAGUAUAAAGGUGGUUCAUCAAUUUGUUUUUCAAGAAUGUGUGUAAAUUUUCGAAAAAAAUAAUUUUUUGCAGUACACCCUUAAAUUUAAACAAAAUGAAAUCCAUUUAGUUAUGAUUCUUUCUAUAUAUUUAUACUUUAGUCUAUUUGUUUAUUUAGUUUAUUUGUUGACACAUACUAUACUGUAGUGCUAUUUUGAGGUUAUCUCCUGUUCUGUCCAGUUUUGUCCAAACUGGACAUUGUUAUGGUUUUUUUUUUUAAUUUGCAGAGAGAUUUAACUAAAAUUUACAUGAUUACAUUCACAUUAAAUAGAAGUGUUAAUUGUGAUUAUUUAUAAAACACACAUUAGGGGAAGUGUUCCAGAGAAUAUAUUCAGUAACGUACAAAUGUAGUGUUUGCUUUUCUGUGUGAUUUACAAUUGAAACUUUUAUAUUUCAUUCAAAAAUGAAGAAUAUAUUUCAUCAGGAAUUUACAUAUUACAUAUUAAUAUAUUUGUGUUCAGCUAUAAUACUGGUAAGAUGUUUAUUACCUCCAGCAUAAUAAGAUAGCUUUUAGAGUUUAAACAUCACGUGAUGUAAAUUUUAUUUGUGUCUAUACAGCUGAGUUUUGGUUGAGAUAUGACCCAGAUAACUUUUGUUCAUACUUAGGUGUUUGUAGAUAUUGAUGAGUAGAAAUAUGUUCUCUGGUUCAAUAUACAUUAGCCCUACUUAAUAUAUAAUAUACUAACUAUACUAACACACAUAUAUCAGGACUUUUGUAUUGUCAUUUUGCAAUUGUUAUCGUGCAUUUAAGGUUUUUUUUUUUUUUUUUUUUUUGACUGAGCAAACUUCUUUUCAGAGACAUUCUACACUACAAUGUUAUCAGUAACAAGAAUCUGGAAACUAACAUAUGGUUAGAUUGUAGUGAUAGAGCUGUAUAAGGAUGAGAAUAUAUAUGUCCGAUAGUUUUGUGUCUCAGGGACUCGAGGUCAAGAUCACCAUUACUACAUGUACAAUGUAGCUAUAUAUAGAGCUGAAGAUGAGAAUACCUCAAAUGGGUUUUUGUCUCAGGGUUCAAAGGUCAAAGUCACCUCUGCUAAUUGCAGUUAUAGAGCUAUCACGAGAAUACCAUAAAUUGGCUCAGGGUUCAAAGGUCAAGGUCACCUCUGCAAUAUGAAAGUUAUAGAACUUUAGAUGAGAAUUCAGGGUUCGAAGGUCAAGGUCACCUCUGCUACAAUGUAUAUGAACGUUAUAGAACUUUAGAUGGGUUUAUCUCAAGGUGAAAGGUCAAGGUCGUCAUUACCAUUAAAUAGUCCUUUAAUUACUUCUAUAUAUGACAAUAUAUAUAAGUCUAAAUAUAGGCAAAAUUUAGUUUUUGUGUUCUUUUUAUUUUAGAUUGUAUUUUUAUCAUUUCUUAAAUCAGACUAAAAUGGAUAGGAGGAAAUACAGUUUUACUCUUUAUUUUUAAUAUCUAUAUGUAUACUUAUAAAUAUGUGAAAUGUUUGGUGCAGUUUUAUUGUUAUAUUUUUUGCUCAAACAUUAUAAUAAUAGUCCUGUAUUGUCAUGUGUAUGGCUAUUCCUUCCUACAAAUUAAAUACAUGUGAUAAAAAUUAGAGUGGACUUUGUGAAAGAGAUGUUGGGUGCGGAUUCUGGACGGCAUUGGUGGUGUGUUUGUUUGUUUUACGGCCCAUCGACAACUAGGGUCAUUUUGGUGUGUAAUUGUCAAAAUGAUGGCUGUACUGUGUUACAUAUUCCUGGUGCA